CAUUUGAAGUGAUUUGCAUAUCAGACGACAGCUGGCAGAAGCGUUUGCGUGUUUGGACAACUACUCUGACUCCUUCGUUCUUUCACCGUAUUUAAGAAAGGCUGUGUUGUAAUGGCUACUAAAGUCCAACACAACACCAUCCAUUGGUUCCGCAAAGGCCUUCGCUUCCACGACAACCCGUCGCUUCUCCACGCGCUCCGCACAUCCCGCCAUGUUUACCCCGUGUACGUGGUGGACCAGGCCUGGAUGAGGGAGCACGAUAUCCGCUACGGCGCCAACUGGUGGCGAUUCGUCAUACAGUGUCUCCAAGAGCUGGACACGCGUCUCAGAAACUACGGCCUGCGACUGUUUGUCGUACGUGGGAAUACCGAAGACUUCUUCAGGGAACACUUCGGGAAGUGGCAGAUCACGCAGCUGACACACGACGUGGACACGGAGCCUCAUCACCGUGUCCGGGACGCGGCCGUGAGGAAGAUUGCGUCUGACAUGAGAGUGGAGGUUGUCAAUCAUGUGGCACAUACACUGUAUGACAUUGACAGGACUGUAGAGCGGAACGGAGGAACACCACCUCUAACAUACAGGAAGUUCCUAAAGGUCUAUAACGAAAUGGGCAAACCUCCCAAGGAAAAGGAAACAGCCACGGCAGAGCACUUUGCCAACUGUACCCUCCCCCCAGAAGCCCUGCAAGAUGACAAGUUUGAUAUGGUAACGCUAGAAGAGCUGGGAUUGAGGUGUGAAUAUCCUGCCAAGUUUGUUGGAGGCGAAACGGAGGGACUAAAAAGACUAGAGAAAAGUCUGCAGGACAAGACCUGGGUUCUGAAAUUUGAGAAACCAAAGACAUCGCCCAACUCCCUACUCCCCAGCACCACAGUCCUGAGUCCAUACAUAACUGUGGGCUGUCUGUCUGCACGGCUGUUCUACCAUGAACUAGACAAGAUCUACUCAAAGGCCAAGAACCACUCCCAGCCUCCAGUAUCCCUGCAUGGCCAGCUGAUCUGGAGGGAGUUUUUCUACACGGCGGGGGCACACACCCCUAACUUCAGCCAGAUGGCAGGCAACAGGGUCUGUCUGCAGAUCCCAUGGAACAAGAACAGUGAACAUCUCACCAGGUGGAGAAACGCCCAAACCGGGUUCCCUUGGAUCGAUGCUGUCAUGACCCAACUGACAAAGGAGGGGUGGAUCCACCACUUGGCACGGCACGCUGUGGCAUGCUUCCUGACCAGAGGGGACCUCUGGAUCUCCUGGGAGGAGGGCAUGAAGGUAUUUGAAGAGCUGCUUCUGGAUGCAGACUGGAGUCUGAAUGCAGGAAACUGGAUGUGGCUGUCCGCCAGUGCGUUCUUCCAUCAGUACUUCCGUGUCUACAGUCCCGUGGUCUUCGGCAAGAAGACUGACCCAAAGGGGACAUACAUCAGGCACUACCUCCCAGUGCUGAAGGACUUCCCUAAGGAGUACAUCUACGAGCCGUGGAAGGCCCCCCGCAAAGUCCAGGAGAAGGCAGGGUGCAUUGUGGGUAAGGACUACCCUCGCCCAAUGGUUGACCACAAGGAGUCCAGCCAGAGGAAUCUGGACAUCAUGCGGGAAGUUCGCAAGGAGCAGAAGGAGACUGUUUCAGUCACUCUAGGUUAUGGCAAGUAGAGACCAGUCUAAAUAUGUGCCAAGUGGACCAAACAGAAGACAAAAGCCUGAUUAUGAUGUAGUGACACUUACAGAAAGGUGUUUAAGUAAGUAACAUAUGUAAGUAUGUCAAGCGAAGAAAGAAAUAUACAUGUAUCAUUGCAUCAAGUGAUGCAUUGGUUUUUUUUUUGUUUUACUGGUAUGUUGCCAGCAGUUUGUCCAUUUGCUUUUUGAAAUAUAAUAAAAGUUUCAGGUUCAAGUUAAAAGUUCAAGUCUACUACGUACAGCUUGUUCCUUGUGUUCAGGUUCAAACUAUGGCCUGUUCUACUAACUGUGCUGUUAUGUUAUUUUGAGUUGAGUUUUUUUAUGUUCAGUUUCAGUAUUAGAAUCAGUAAGGUUAUUUAACAGUGUUUUUAAAGACUCACAAAUAGUGAUUUUACAGUCUACCUCAUUUAUGAUAAUGAUAAGGCUACUAAGACGCACAAACCACUUUAUUACAUUUUAGAUGAUAGGUCAUCUUUAUGGUAUGUUACUGUCUCUUACCAUUAUAGUUUAAAAUGA